CGCAGCAGAGUGGAGUCGGUAUCCAGGCAGCUGCUCUGCCCGUCUCUCUCUCUGCCUCGCUGCCUCUCUGACAGCUAGGUUAGCUUGUAAACAACAUCUCAAAGCGCCGCCGCUGUCUCGGAGAAGCGAAGGACCGAACGCGCCGCGGUGUGUUUGGACUCGUAGUGCCGGUGUCCGCCUCCGUGCUUCUUUUUCCUUCCACACGUCUUGUGCUCACGAGUCGUCUCUGCGGGGAGGCACUGAGCUAGCCCCUCAACUGACUUCAAAGACAAAAAGCAACAUUUUUCACUGAGACCGAAGUUGUUGUCCAGUGGCGGAUGUCUCGUCCCCUCCCACUGAGGUCGGAGGCCAGCUGGAGACGGGAGGUGGGUCCGCGGCAGCAGUGAUGCGGGCUUCGGUGGCAGGCUGCAGGAUGAGCGUGGGUGCGCUCCUUAACGGGCUGCUGGUGUCCGUUGUCGCAGCACUGCUUUGGAAGUAUUCCAAGCUGAGUGAGCACGCCGCCCUGCUGGAGGAAGAGCUGCACAUGACACGGCAGUCCCAGGAGCUCUCGCAGGCCCACAUCGACUACCACGUCGCCCUGCAGGCCCUUCAGGAACACGGCACCCGCAUGGUCUGCACCGGCAAGAUGCACACCGACCGCGUCUGCCGCUUUGACUACCUCUGCUACUGCUCCGAGGCAGAGGAGUUUGUGUUCUUCCACUCCAAUUCCUCUGUCAUGCUGCCAAACCUGGGGUCGAGGCGCUUCCAACCUGCUCUGUUGGACUUGUCUUCAGUAGAGGAUCACAACACCCAGUACUUCAACUUUUUAGAGCUCCCGGCUGCUGCUUUAAAGUUUAUGCCUAAGCCUGUGUUCGUACCGGAUGUGACUCUGAUCCUAAACCGGUUUAAUCCAGACAACCUAAUGCACGUGUUCCACGAUGACCUGAUCCCAGCCUUCUACACUAUGAAACAGUAUUCGGACUUAGAUGAUGAGGCGCGUUUGGUUUUUAUGGAGGGCUGGAGCGAAGGCCCACACUUUGACCUCUACCGACUUCUCAGCAGCAAGCAGCCACUGCUCAAAGAGCAGCUUAAGAACUUUGGCAAGCUCAUGUGUUUCACUAAAUCUUACGUUGGCCUGUCCAAGAUGACCACCUGGUACCAGUACGGUUUUGUUCAACCACAGGGGCCCAAGGCCAACAUGUUGGUCUCAGGAAAUGAGAUCAGACAGUUUGCGAGGGCUCUGAUGGAGAAAAUGAACAUCACAACAAAUGUGGAGAAGGAGAAGGAUGGAGGGAGUGCCGAAGAUGAGAAAGAGAGAAAGGAUGAUUACAUCGUCGUGUUCAGUCGCUCAACAACAAGGCUGAUACUGAAUGAGGCGGAGCUAAUCAUGGAGCUGGCCCAGGAGUUCCAGAUGAGAGUGGUCACAGUGUCCCUAGAGGAAGAGUCUUUCCCCAGUAUCGUCCAGGUGAUCAGCGGCGCUUCUGUGUUGGUCAGUAUGCAUGGCGCUCAGCUCAUUACCUCACUCUUCCUCCCAAGAGGAGCUGCUGUGGUGGAGCUGUUCCCCUUUGCUGUGAACCCAGAGCAGUACACCCCGUAUAAAACCCUCGCCACCCUUCCAGGCAUGGACCUUCACUAUAUCUCCUGGCGGAACACUAAGGAGGAGAACACCAUCACCCACCCAGACAGACCCUGGGAGCAAGGGGGCAUCACUCACUUGGAGAAGGAGGAGCAGGAGCGUAUACUGGAGAGCAGAGAUGUCCCCAGGCACCUGUGCUGCCGCAACCCAGAGUGGCUCUUCCGAAUCUACCAGGACACUUUGGUGGACAUCUCUUCCUUCCUGGAAGCCCUUAAAGAGGGUAUGAAGACAAAGCCCAGCGUGAAGAAGUCAAAGCCGGCCAGCACAGUCCACCCAGGCCGGGUCAGACAACCCCAGUGUCAGACCUCGGUACAAACCACCAACGAGGCUAAACUCACAGUCUCCUGGCAGAUCCCGUGGAAUCUGAAAUACUUAAAGGUGAGAGAGGUGAAGUACGAAGUGUGGAUCCAGGAGCAGGGAGAGAACACCUACAUGCCUUAUAUCCUCCCCCAGCAGAACUACACCUUUUCAGAGAACAUUAAGCCCUUCACCACCUACCUGGUGUGGGUCAGGUGUAUCUUCAACAAGAACCUCUUGGGCCCCUUUGCAGACGUUCUUAUGUGCAGGACCUAGUGCCAGUUUGUUUUACACAAAAGGUUGAGUCAUGCUUGUUCCAGACAAUCAAAUUGGAACAGUGGAGUGUUUGAUUACAGUUUGUCCAGUGGGAGUUGGCAAAUGUGAUAUGGCAUACCUUUACAAUCCUCGAGCAGGCUGCUGAGCUCUUGCACAGUAAUGUUCCUUGGCCAGCACAGACAACACAGAGUCGAAGUGCAAAAGACUUGAACCACAGGGUCAGAACUCAACGGCAACAGCCCUUAAUGAAUGGAAAGUAUACUGUACCCAUGAAAGAAAGAAAGUGUUAAACCACGUCUCUACCGAAAAACAAAUCAGCAGAUUUAUUUAUGUGCAAAUGAUAUAAAACAUGUUUUUUUUAGUAUUAGUCGAAACGCUGGUUCUUUACCUUUUACAGUAUGCAAUAUAGCUUUUCUGUGGAGAGCAAGAAAGAUUUUUCUGACUUGUCCAAUGUCGACCGUGUGCGUGAUACCUGUGCGGCGGAGUUCACCUACCAGUUGUUUAAUACACCGUUAUUUGCAGAACCUAGCCAAAACCAAAGCAACAUUUUUCCGUCAUUCUUGCCAUAUUACUUUGUCCUGUUCUAGGUCGCUCAUACUUCUAAUGUUUGCUAAGAUUUCUACAGUUGUAAAACUCGUCUCUAAAGACAUCGUGAAGGAUUUGAGUAGAACAAGUGUCUAGCGAGAGUUCUCAUGAAUGCCACUGUAAUCAAAGAGACUAAAGUUUGUGACUAAAAAUACCCUGUUUUUAGAUUUAAUUUGUUCCCUUACAUCUCAUAAAUAUAACGGCACACAAGUGUUUAUUUCCCACAGUGCCCAGCCACAAAUAAUUAACAUCCAUUUUACUGCAUAUAUAAAUGAUUUUUCUCUAAUUGGCACUAAUUACAACUGUAAUAAUUAUAAUUUCUGUGGAUAGUGAAUCCAUUACGCCAGGCUAUAAUUAGUGGAUGCAGCUGGACAGUCGGAUUACACUGCAGUUUCAAUAAGAUAACAAGGUAUGUUGCUGCGUACCUUUCCACUGCCGUGUGUGAAACUUCAUUCAUUAAAAUGAAAUUCCCAGCUGAGUUUCUCUUUACUUUCUUUAAAGGUUUCUGUAGCUGUUAAGAAGAAUGUUGAAUUUUAGAUUGAAACAACCGACAUCCGAAGGUGACUGUUGAAGUUGUUGUUUUCUUUGUACCAUGUUUGUAAUGAAGUGCUGCUUGUUGGUAGCUAGACUGCAGCAAUGUGUUGAUUCUUUUAGACACUUGAAUUGGAGGUGUUAGAUUGUGGUAGAAGAGCUGUAGCAAGAGAUGGUUUAUGGAACUGAAAGUUAAACGAAACACUGCCACCAACAUAUCGUGUGAUAUUGUGCCAUUGUUACUGAGAUGUUGUGUACUUUCUCCUGGACUUAAUAACCAGCGUGUUCUCACUCCCAACUCGUCCAACUAUGGCGCUCCACCUACGCCUCUAGGUCAGAUGACUCCGCAUCAGUGGCAGCAUAUUGAGUUUUGAGGGCCUAAUACUGUGUUUCCUGCAGGAUUUUGUGAGACUGUGGUGGGUGCACCUCCGAUCCUCUAGAUUGGUACGGGGGCAUGCUAACCUGGAAGAGACUAGAUCUUUGAAGAACUCUGUGCUCCAGUAAAUCACACCCACCACGCAUGGUAAACAAGAUGGGGUGCGAGCACUGAGUCCACAGUCCCGGAAGCUGGCGAGGUCCUGGCAAAAGGAGUCGCGAGUCACCUUCACCCCGGGCCUUUCCAAGCCAACCUAGAGCUGGUUGCGGUGCCCCGCGAGAGUCAACCAGAGCAUGGGAAAGGUCACCCGAAGGGAUCCUCUCCAUGCCGGCCCAAACCUUGAGAAGUGUACAAAUAUUUUCCAUUCAUUAUGAAACUGUGUUAAUCCUACCUAGUCUGUGGCGGGCUGAAUGUCAGAUCACUUUGAUUUUAUUUGAAUUCGGCUACCCAAUGGUGGUUAAGGAUUGGAUAAAGGUCCAACCUGUUAGAAGGAAGAGAAUUUACCUCUUAAUUACCAGAACACAUGAAAGUGGGGGGGACAAAGAUUUUAAAGAACUUAUUUAAACCCAAACCAUGAGUUUCAUUCCUAGCCAAGUACUUUUGUUAACCACUUGUUGAAGUCUAUCGGACUUCCCUGCAUGUGGAAAGCUGACACUUACUAGGGACCCAGUGUGUUUGAAACUUUUGUGAAGUGGUCCUGACCAAGCUUCAAGAGUUGGGAGUGAGAACGUGUUGCUAUGAAGCAAUCCUCGAAACAUCUCAUUGCCCUCUUUUGUUGACUGCCGGCCACUAUGAAGAUCUUUUCCUUUUCCUGAGUCUUAAAUCCUUUUUUCUCUGUUUUUCACUUCCCUGAUGUAUUUUUUUUCUGAAGUUCUCAAAUGCAGUUCUGUUUGCCAAUGCAUGUUUUAAGAGAUUAUUUUGAGCCAUUGUUGUGUGUGCAGGAUGUGAUGGAUUAGACAUGUAUGUUUUUGUAUUGUUAGUUAGAUUUGUGUGCGGCCCUGUCCCACCUCAGUGGAGACAUUGUCCUGUAUGUGCUAAGUGAAAUGAGAGAAGUCUCUGUUUUCUACAUGAGCAAAUAGUUGGAGUUUCUUUUUCAGUAACUGUGAUUGAAUAAAUAAGCUCAUUUCCUACAGUA